ACCACCUCGAGUCGACUUUGUAUUGAGGCGCGUGGUUGCAGCACACAUUUUCGACCGACGCCGCCAUCGUCCCUCAGAAGUAUCAUGACCCAAUUGGCACGAUGAAGCCGUCUCACUCUCGCCUUCCGGUGAUCAACAUCGUCAAUGGCACUUUCCACCGUCACCAUCCAAGUUCAGGCUUGAGCCGGUCCAAUCCGGCCCUCUUCUCCGGCCUCAACUUCUCUCUGCCUUCUGGCACUGAUAAGCCGUCACAUUGGUGUGUCAUAGGCCCGUCAUUGAGCGGCAAGACGACCUUUCUCAACAUCCUUCGUGGUCAGAACCUCUGCACACCUCCAACAGCAAGGGCUUAUCCAUAUCUGGCCAGCGAUGCUGUCCCGAGCCGCCUCAAGGUGCCCAGCAACGCAAUCAAGUAUGUGGGCUUCAACAACGAGACCCUGGCCUCUACGUCAGCCACGGCGACCUACAUGUCGGCAAGGUACGAGUCCAAGAGGCUCGAAACGGAUUUUUCACUUCGCGACUUCCUCACUGGAAACAUGGAACUUAAUCCUCUGCACCAAACAAAGGAGGACACUCUGGGCCCGGCAUUAUUCGACCGUAUCGUCAGAGACCUUAAGCUCUCACAGCUUCUGGACCUUCCAGUCAUGUUUCUGAGCAAUGGCCAGGGAAGGAGAGCCAGGAUCGCUCGGGCACUCCUCACAUCCCCAGAAGUGCUGCUGUUGGACGAGCCAUUCAUGGGCCUCGACCCUCCGACUGUCGCUGGACUAAGUCCGUUACUGCAUCAGCUGGCAAGCAAGGCAGCACCACGGCUUGUCCUCAGUGCGAGGCCCCAGGAUCCUAUCCCCAGUUGGAUCACCCAUCUUGUCUUUCUUAGAAAUGACCUUCAAGUGGGCAGUAUGGGCGAGAAGGAUGUCGUGUUGGAAGACCUAAGAAAGUAUGGCCGUGGUGUCUUAAAUGCCACCGUCAAGGAGGACCCCUCGAUGCCUGUGCAUAAUAUUGUGCAUAUGGGCAGGAUUCUGACCGAGAAAGGAAUAUCUGGGACGGCCCUGCUGGAAGACCCAGAUCACAAUCGGCAGCAUGUGCCGAGACGUUCAGCCUCAGACAGCUCUCGGGUCAUCGGCGAGCCAAUUGUCGAGAUGAACGGUUGUAAGGUCCAAUACGGCGACAAGGUGGUUUUGGGCAACUGGACCCAGCAGGUUGAUGGCGUUGAGCGGCCAGGUCUGCAAUGGACCAUAAGACGUGGUGCGCGAUGGGGCGUGUUUGGACCCAACGGCUCCGGUAAAACAACAAUCGUGUCCCUUGUCUGCUCUGAUCACCCCCAGACCUACUCACUGCCCAUCAAGCUCUUUGGGAGAAGCCGCCUACCUGAGCCAGAGUCCGGCGAAUUGCCAUUGACGUUCUGGGACAUCCAGCGUCGUAUUGGUCACUCAAGCCCAGAGGUUCACCAGUACAUGCCACGCAGCUUGACUAUAAGAGGGGUCAUCGAGAAUGCCUGGGCGGACACCUUUGGCACCAAGGCCAAGCUAGACGAGCAGGCUCGUGGUAAGGUCGAAGCUGCACUACAAUGGUUCGAGCCCGAGUUGAACCCAAAUUACUCAGGCUCGUCCAAGAGCGACAGUCUUGCGUGGGCAGAUGACUUCAUGUUUGGUGGGCUGCCAUCCUCGGCUCAACGAGUAGCUUUGUUCCUGCGCGCAACCAUCAAGAACCCAGACAUUGUCGUGCUGGACGAAGCAUGCAGCGGCAUGGACGAUGGGGUCCGCAACCGAUGCCUGCUUUUCCUCGAGCAUGGCCAACGGAAGACUUACAUUACAAACGAGGAUGGCUCAGAAACAAUUGUAGAGAGUGAAGAAUCGAAGACUGGCAGCGUCAGAAUAGAAGGUCUGACGCAGGACCAGGCGCUGAUCUGCAUCAGCCACGUCCGGGAGGAGAUCCCGGAUUGUGUCAGGGAAUGGAUCUGCCUACCUGAGCCCAACACCAGCAAUCCCGCGCGCUUCGGCUUAGCAAGAGCUCCUCUAAGCUCCGAUGAGAAGAGCUGGAACGACCUUUGGAGUAUGGGGAAGUAGGCGGGUGCAGAGUAUCAGGCUAGCUGUUACAAAUACGAUGUGGAGCGGCUGGCCACCUGUACAACACGAGUUGUUGCUCGGAGGCAGUCGUUGUCGUCAUCCGCGAGCACACAAUACGGUACUACCAGCAUAAACAAACAAGCUAUGCUUUUACGGCUUCAUUGCGACAACGGGUCUUGGAGUUGUGUUUUCGCGACCCAAUGGACCUCAUUGUGGAUUGUGCCGCGAGGUCCACCCCAGGCUGCCACAAUAACCGGCGACCGGCGAACGCAAUUCCGCCGCCAGGAAGCCUAAAAUGCAGGGACGGGAG